CCGCCUCGGGGGCUGCGCGGGCGGCGGCGGCAGCAGCAGCAGCAGCUCCGCCCCGCUGCGGGGCUGGCAGAGGCGGCUCCGUUAGGCGCUGUGACGCCGGCGGCGCCGGAACACCUGGAGGGGUGGUGGAGGUGCCUCCAGCUCGGCCCUACCCUCCCGUUCGCAACGGGCAAGUGUCUGAAGAAAACAAGGAACAUGGAAGGUCAUAAGUACAAUUAUCCAAGGGAAUUUUAUGACCAAUAUGCUCAAAGCCAAGAAAAAUCUGUGGUCAAUAAAAUGCAACAAAAAUACUGGAAAACAAAACAAACCCUUAUAAAAGUUACAGGAAAAAAAGAAGAUGAACAUGUUGUGGCUUCAGAUGCAGAUCUGGAUGCAAAACUUGAGCUGUUCCAUUCUAUUCAGAGAACGUGUAUGGAGCUGCUGAAAGCAAUUGAACUGUAUCAAAAAAGGAUUUGUUUUCUUUCUCAGGAAGAAAAUGAAUUGGGGAAAUUUCUUCGAUUGCAGGGCUCUCAGGAUAAAACGAGAGCAGGAAAAAUGAUGCAAGCCACAGGAAAAGCUCUCUGUUUUUCUUCUCAGCAAAGAUUAGCACUGCGUACACCUUUGAGUAGAUUAUACCAAGAAGUGGAGACUUUCAGGUACAGGGCCAUCUCAGACACUUCUCUGACAGUAAACCGAAUGGAACAGUAUCGGACUGAAUAUAGAGGAGCUCUACUCUGGAUGAAAGAUGUGUCUCAGGAGCUGGAUCCAGAUCUUUAUAAGCAGAUGGAAAAGUUCAGGAAGGUUCAAGCUCAAGUGCGACAUGCAAAACUCAACUUUGACAAACUGAAAACUGAUGUCUGUCAAAAAGUGGAUCUUUUGGGAGCGAGCAGAUGCAACCUCCUUUCUCAUGUGUUAACAACAUAUCAGAUAACACUUCUUCAUUUUUGGGAAAAAACUUCACACACGAUGGCAGCCAUCCAUGAAAGUUUCAAAGGUUAUCAGCCAUACGAAUUCACGAUGUUAAAGAUUCAGGAUACACACAGUACCUUCCCAUUAUACUGCAGUUGCCAAGGUUUUGUCAAUAGUUGUGUCAGAAAAAAAGAGACUGAAGAAGUAAAGAAGCAGUAUAUGAGGAAUAAUCAUAGCUUACAAGAUCCUGUGAAUAAACUAACAGAAAAAGCAGAAAAGGAGGAUCUGCAGAUUGAAAGCAUUAAAUCAGUACAAGAUCAGCAGAGUCAGUUGAUUUCAUUAGAUGAUGAGAGCCAUACCAAGGAAUCAAACUAUUCAGCUGACCAUGGCAAGGAUGUCACAUCUACCUUACAAGAAAAUUGUAACCGCAAGCAGAACUCAGGUGCUAUAGAUGACUUACUAGACCUGCAACCUGAAGAAAAUGCUUCAAAGAAUCAGUUUGUGAGGUCCUUGGAGUCAGAACCUGGUGAUAACAUGGUGUUACUGAAUGAGAUUCUCAACGGUUCCUCCCCAGACGAUGGGGAAUUCAGCAAAGAGUGGACAGCUGUUUUUGGACAGGUUGCACUUGCUGAUCUCACCAUGAACUCUUCAGCUGGAGAUACGGAAAGUACUUCAUCAUCUGUGGCACCAAUGCUGUCAGGCUACUUGCCAUCACAGCUGUUAGACCAAAACAUGAAUGACUUGCAGUCAUCUUUACAUGGAUGGGCAGCUAACAGUGUGAGCCCGCCAUCUAUACCACAGCCAGCACAGAAACCAAACAGCCUGAAUGUGAACGCUAACAAGACACCCCCCUUGAGAGAGCCUACAAAGAAUCCUAAAGACUUGACUGCCUGGUUCAGUCUCUUUGCUGACCUUGACCCGUUAUCCAAUCCUGAUGCUGUUGGGAAAACUGAUAAGGAACAUGAAUUGCUUAAUGCAUGACUCAGCUGCCUAUGGUAACUCACAUUCUUCCAUUCAUCAACACUAUUUUGGAGUUUUAAAAAAAAAACCUAAAUGAAAAUUAGUAUGCUAUCGUGAAACUGUGAAGUAUGUGCCAUGAUAAUAAAACUAAAGGGAAUGAAUCCCCUUUUAUAUAGGUACA